AGCGCGCAGGGCCAACUGCCGCGUUCCCGAAUCCAACAGCCGCUCGUGCCCGCGACGGAGAAGGCAGGGGAGCGCGCAGAUCAUGCCCGCGACGGAGGGGAGAAAGGGACUGGUGAGGGAACGCGCGGCGCCGAAAGCCGUUUGUGCUCGCGGUGGGAGGGCGGAGUGCGCGAGCUGACGGCUUGGGCCGUUGGUACUGACAAGAUGGUGGAACGCGGAGAGGUGAUCGAGGAAGAGGCGAGUGAGCCGCUCCCGGCCGAGUCCCUGUGCUUCAGCCGCCGCGGCACUGAGCAGUCAUCACACCGGCUGCUGGCUUACAGCGAUGCCGUCAUCUCCAUCGUCGCCACAGUCAUGAUAUUGCCUGUUUCUCAUACAAAAAUAAGGGCUGAUCAGGAGCUGGAAGAAAGUCUGCAGCAGCUUCUUACAACCAAGAUAGCUGUUUACAUUAUGACAUUUUUAAUAGUGACUGUAGCUUGGGCUUCACAUAUCAGAUUGUUCCAAGUGAUUGAGCGAAUAGAUGAUGUUCUUGCCCUUCUGAACUUGGCAUGUAUGAUGCUCAUAACCUUCCUGCCUUAUACAUUUUCUUUGAUGGCCUCAUUUCCAGAUGACACACUUGGAAUUCUAUCGUUUUGUGUUUGUGCCAUUAUCAUUGGAUUAAUUCAGGCUGUAAUUGUGAUUUAUGGAUUCCACAGACCUUACUUAUUGAAUGCCCAUAUUUGUGCAUCCGAAGAACAAGCUUCGUAUAAGUACCAAAUUUUAAAGAUGAUUUUACAAGCUCCAGCUCUAUUCCUUUUAGCAGGGAUUUUGUCUUUCAUCUAUUGCCCAAUGGCAUAUGCAGUGCUUGCACUUGUCAUCUUUCUUUCAUACAUUUCUCAGUGUGCACAGUGGUGUAGGAACAAAAUAAAGGGUCCCAAAGAACUUCGGAGAGUACCAUUUUACACAUUUCACCCAAAUGAACCACUGAGCAAAGAGCGUGUAGAAGCUUUCAGUGAUGGAGUAUUUGCAAUUGUAGCAACACUUCUUAUUUUAGACAUUUGUGAGGACAAUGUUCCUGACCAUAAAGAAGUUGUAGAAAAGUUCAAUGGCAAACUUAUUGAAGCACUUAGUGAGUAUGGUCCAGAAUUUCUGGCUUAUUUUGGUUCAUUUGUGACUGUUGGCCUUCUCUGGUUUGUUCAUCAUUCACUCUUUCUGUACAUCACUAAGUCAACAAGACUAAUGGGGCUCCUGAACACUAUCUCACUGGCUUUCAUUGGUGGACUUCCGUUGGCUUUUCAGCUUACCCACGAAUUUGCUUCCAACUCCCGAAAUGAACUUGAGGCCAUUCAAAUCAGCUGUGUUAUAAUUUUUCUUGCAAGUCUCUUUCAGUUUUCAAUAUGGGCUGUCGCACUUUACAAUGAAAAAGAAACCCUACAUCACCACGUUUGGUAUGGGGGCAAAGAACAUGCAUUUAUGUUCGCCAAACUUUCACUUUAUCCUUCUGUAGCCUUUGUUACAUUCUGUCUUACAUAUAUUUUAAGUAAGCUUAGUACAGAAAUUUUCCAUAUGAUGCAAAUUGUUGUUCCUUUUGCAUUUGUACUUUUACGAAUCAUUGUCCAAAUUGUUCUGGCUAUUCUCACAUGGUUGUUCAGUCGACUAAAACCUAGGACAUCAAUAUUAAAAGAAGAAGAUGACUCUAUCUUUGUAAGUGAGAAUACAUCAUAACAAUUCAAUUACUGAUUCAGAGUAUCUGGUUUAAAACAUUUAUAUGCAUACAGUCUAUUUUUAUUCAUUUGCCCCAUUUCCACAGUUUUUAUGUUGCACUUUCACGUAUCAAUUUUCUUCAAAAAUAAUUACUGAAUAGAAGUAAAUUAUGUUAUUGUAGAAUGUGCCAUCUCAUACCUGGAAAAGGUUGAAAGAACGUUUUAUUGGUUCUCAAUAUAAUAUUAUAUAUUUUAUUCUUGAUCUUUAAUUACAGUUUGGUGUUUGAAAAAGUUGAAUUAUAUGCAGCUUGCUAUAAUUUCAAUUUUAUUGUCAGAAUUUUAAAAGUAUUUUCUACAUUAUGUAAAGUUUCAAUUUUAUCCCUUUGCUUUACUGAAAGCAAUAAUUGAUUCUUAGUUGUAUUUUUCAUUUUUGUGCUUUUCCAGAAAAAGCAAUAUUCUCUCUCAGCCCAGAAUGUUGUUAUCAAAGUCGGUUACUGAGGGUGCUUAGUUGUCAUGUUGAUUGUUUGUUACACUUCUUUAAGUACUAAGCACUUUCACAAUGAAAAUUCUGUUGACCUUGAAAUGAAUUAUCAUUCUUUAGUAAACUAAUCAUUUGAAAUAAUAUAUCUGUAUUGCACAGAUUAGUCUUUCUUUCUGGAAGCCUGCCUUGAUUAUAUCUGUCAUGACUGAAGUGUUUGGUCAUUAUUGCUUAAAUGAUGUUGUUGCAGCUGUAAAGCUAAGUAAUCUGAAGAGGUAUGCAAACUAAUGCAGAAUAAAAUCUUCUUUGAAUAAACAAAAAAACUUGCACUACAGAAUGAAAUAAUGUAAAAUGCUACAGCAGCCAUUAACCUUUAAAUUAAACAUAGAAAUAAAGCAAUUGUUAAAAUGUAAAAUUAUUAUUUGUAUAUGUGAAACUUUUAAAAUACUUGUCUACUAAUGUUGGCCAUUCUGCAAGAUAUGAAAAGUUAAAUCUACAAUAUAUUACUGUACAUAUAGUUGUGA